AAUUGACGAACUUCUGACGCCCUGUAUAUAAUGAGGGGUUUGAUAUUCCACAAGAUCUUACUGACGACGACAAAGCUUUAUUCUUUCAAUUGCUCGACGCUAACCUGAGCCCCUUAAUUUUCUACGCGCUAUUGCAUGGUGGGCGACAACGUUCGGUGCCUUGACAUGUCGGUGUUGACAGAUGACAGGGAUAUACACCGGCAUUCUUGCCAUCACAUUGUGGAAUAUUUUCAUCAACAAACAUUGGCCGAUUCGACGAGCGAUGAUUGUUGUUAUCAUUCUCCUCUAUAUUCUGACUACCAUCAGUUUUUCUGCCAACUGGUCAGCUAUACGUUCUGCAUUCAUCGAAAACGGGCAAAGUUUUUGGACUAUAUACAUGAACCUUACCGUUCCGGCUCAAGCAGUCUCUUUGGAGAUGGGUAUCACAGCGUCUAUUGGUACUGUUUUUGCAGACUUAUAUAUAAUUUGGUGGUGCUGGGUCAUCUGGGGACGACGCUGGCUUGUCGUUUUGCUUCCUAUAUUUUCCCUCGUUUCCGCGACUGUAUCCAGAAUCAUUGCGGUAUAUUAUGAAUACGCCAAAGUGCCCGCAUCCAUGGACACCUUUCUUAUUCUCUAUAUAUCCUUCAGUCUGGCGACGACCUUAUCCUGUACCUUGCUCAUUAUCUAUCGUAUAUUGACUGUUACUGGGGUUAGGCGUAGAGCAGAGGGUCGACUGGGAGUGUAUCACCAUUUCAUUGAAGUACUGGUAGAAUCCUCAGCUCUCUAUUCAAUAUCUCUCAUCCUAUAUUUGGCUUUCACUAUUCGUGACAAUUGGGGAGAAGUUUACUUUGAUGUCAUAGCUGUUAAUGCAAAGGGAAUCGCUCCGACGCUCCUCGUGGGACGCUUCACGACUGGACAUCGAGCCCGCCCAGAUGAUUCCUGGCGGGGAAGUGUGAUGGCAUCAGCUUCAAUUAGGGAGGAGCAGGAGCAUAGUCGAACAAGCUCCCAAGAAGAUAGAUUGACAAGUCUAGUUCUUGACGGUGACCUUGAGGCCCAACGCGAGAUUUCUGUCAGGGAACCUUCUCUAACAUCUCACUCCGUCUCUGUUGUGGUCGAUCAUGCCCACCCAAAUACUGAUGCUGCUCUGGAGAACGUGAUGUCUUCGCCUCACCUCGCUCCUUUACAACCAUUUAGCCCCUUACGUCAGGAUGCCAGCCGCAAUUCUUCCGUGGUGGACGAGGCUGCGACUCCAAGUCGAUGAGGAUGUAGCCUUGAAAAGGAUAGAAACACCCAAUGGCACGCUGUAUACAAAACUCCCUCACGUUUUUCUUCCUGGUCUUCGGCGAUUAUCGACAGCAAACAUCGGGACUUGUAUACACGAUACUUAUCUUUCCUUAUCAUAGCCCUGACAUCUUACCAUAUCUCUGUAGGCCGUUUCUACAUACAAGGGGCUCGGAGUCUUCGACAGUUGUAUCAUUGCGUCGUUUUUGUUGUGCUUAAACUUAGUACAAUUUACAAUAGAUUAAUAUACAUGCCUCUACAUAAUGGAGUAGAUCUUCAGCCUCGAUUAUCAGCUGAAGUCACACGUCGAGCGCUAUAAAGGACAUCUGUCUGACCGUUGCUUCCGUAACGAAGCAAAACUUUAUUAACAGAGG